UUUCCUUUUUAAAAGAGCCAUAAGCAUUACGCACAACGGCGCAAGUUAGCGAGACAUGGAAUGCACUUUGGAAUUAAGAUAGAUAGAUUACCAGAAAAUUCACCUGUCUGGUCUCUCUAUCAUAAGUUUCCAGAAAUCCCAGAUUAGGGUUUACUUUCUCGAACUCUCAACAACACACUGACUCUUUUGCCUGAUAGAAAACCCUAGGUCUUCAAAGACCGAGAAGAAAACGGAGAAGAAUGGAUGAAGGUGACGGGGCCGAUCAGUUCCACCGUAACGAGGCGAUCUCGGCCGUGGCCGACGACGGUUUUUUGGCCGAAGAGGACGAUGAUUAUGAGGACCUUUACAACGAUGUCAAUGUCGGCGAGGGGUUUUAUCAGUCUAUGAGAAAGAACGAGGAAUUAGGGUUUAGAAAUGAAGUGGUGGAGGAGAAAAAGAUUGAGUCACCGGAGAUUGCGGCUCCGGAACCUCGCGGUGUUCCCAUACCGGGUGUUGGGGGCGGUAGCGGUGAGGGUACUGGAGGGGGUGACGGAGGGGUUAGGGGUUCUGGGUAUAAUAACAAUAAUAAUAACCAGAAUCUAGGGUUUAGAGGGAACGAGGUGGGUGUGAAAGGGAGUGUUGGUUUGGGGCCCAUUGGGGGUGGAGGUGGGAUUAGGGUUGAAUUAGGGCAAGCAUCGGGCAAAUUGAAUGAGUUUGAGCAGCAAAGUGGGAAUAAUAGUGGUGCUGGUGUUCAAGGGAUUGUUGCUCAGCAGCCGCCGCCACAAUUGCAACAACAACAUCAACCACAACCUCAACAGCAACAGCAACAAUUACAUGCUGCUGCUGCUGUUGGGAAUGCGGGAAAUGAGGGCAUGUUGAGGCAAGUUGGUGGUGUUGGAGGUGGGAAUGUUAAUGGGAUUGGUGGGAAUAGUGGUCCAGGAGGAGGAUUUGGUGGUGGCGGGGGUGGUGGAGGCGGGACGAUAUUAUUUGUGGGUGAUUUGCAUUGGUGGACUACAGAUGCAGAGCUGGAGGCAGAGUUAUGUAAGUACGGACCAGUGAAGGAAGUGAAGUUUUUUGAUGAGAAGGCGAGUGGGAAGUCAAAAGGAUACUGCCAGGUUGAGUUUUUUGAUCCCGUUGCUGCUACAGCCUGCAAGGAUGGGAUGCAUGGGCAUAUGUUUAAUGGGCGGCCAUGUGUUGUUGCUUUUGCAUCACCAUAUAGUGUUAAGAGAAUGGGGGAGGCUCAAGUAAAUAGGAACCAGCAGGUAGCCCAAACUGCAGUACCUCAAACUGGUGGGAGGAGGGGGCCUAAUGAUGCCGGGAAUAAAACUGGUGGGAAUAACAUUGCGACAGGGGGAAAUUAUCAAGGUGGGGAUAACAAUAGAGGUUACGGGAGAGGUAAUUGGGGGAGGGGUAAUGCUCAGGGUAUGGGAAAUAGAGGACCGGUUGGUCAAAUGAGGAAUAGAGGUGGUGGGAUGGGUGGCAGAGGUAUAAUGGGGAAUGGUGGAAAUGGGUUUGGGCAAGGUAUUGGUGCAACCCCUCCUUUGUUGCACCCUCAGCAAAUGAUGGGUCAGGGUUUUGAUCCAGCUUUUGGUGCACCAAUGGGGAGAAUGGGGAGUUAUGGAGGCUUUCCUGGUGCUCCCACGCCUCCUUUCUCUGGAAUUUUGUCUUCAUUCCCACCUGUGGGGGGUGUUGGGCUGCCUGGAGUAGCCCCUCAUGUGAAUCCUGCAUUUUUCGGCAGAGGGAUGCCCAUGAAUGGAAUGGGAAUGAUGCCAACAUCAGGUGUUGAUGGGCCUAAUAUGGGAAUGUGGUCUGAUCCUAAUAUGGGUGGAUGGGCAGGUGAAGAGCAUGGUGGUGGGAGAGCUGGGGAGUCUAGUUAUGGUGAAGAAGCUGCUUCUGACCAUCAAUAUGGUGAGGUUAGUCAUGAUAGAGGAGGCGGGUGGCCAAAUGCCACAAAGGAGAAAGAUAGAGGUUCGGAGAGGGACUGGUCUGGAUCUUCUGAUAGAAGGUAUCGGGAUGAUAGGGAUCAGGGAUAUGACAGAGAUGUGCCUAGAGAGAAAGAUGUGGCUCAUGACCAUGACUGGUCAGAAAGAAGGUAUCGUGAUGAUGGUGAUGUUAGUCGAGAACGGGACAGAGAGCGUGAUAGGGUCCGAGAACGUUCUCGAGAUCGUGAUCGUGAUAGAGAUCGGGAACGAGAACGGGACCGUGAUAGGUACAGGGAAGACCGAGACAAAUAUACUGAUCAUCAUAAGUACAGAGACCGUGAACCAGAACAUGAGGAUGAAUGGGAACGGGGAAGGUCAUCGAGGACUCACAGUAAGGCACGUGUAUCUCAAGAGGAUAACCGUCGGUCAAGAUCAAGGGAUGCUGAUUAUGGGAAGAGACGGCGGCUUACUUCCGAGUAACUGCUCUGCAGCUUCUUGCUUUUGAUGACUUUCCAUUGAGGAGGAAAUGGAAUAGAGUAAAAGAAACUUUUGGUGGCUUUUGGUUCGCCAUGCUUAUGUGGACUCUCUUUCAAGUGUUGUUUUUGGGUCGUUGAUUCAUCCAAUGGCUGCUCUCAUGUCAUUGCCUAGAUUUCUUGAUUGCUUCUGUCUUGCAGGAGCAGAGUUCAAUUCUCAUGUGGAAAAAGAUCUGUCACCUGUUUCACUGUCUAAUAGUUUGAAGGACACUCUAUCGUGAGAAUUGAAGCUGUGAAGUACAACCCAGAGUUGCUUUGGAGAUGAAGAGGACCUCCAACUUCUACAUUGAAGAGACGAUGCAUGGUGUUUCCCUUUCUCUAGCUGGAUUUAGAAGCCGAACUCUUGCUUUUGGUUUUAGCUUUCUUUUGCCUUUAUGUUUGAGUUAAUUAUAGCACUUGAUGAAAAUAGAUUUGUGGAUGAUGUUAUGGCUUGAAAUUGCUGAAGUCUGGAAUGUGGUAGAUUGUUCUGGAACCUGAUAUUUGACUGUUGUAAUAGGAUUUAGCAGAGGAUGUUGCUAAUGUGCCUUGUUCUGAUUGGCUA